UGUGUCAAUGUCACCUGUAAUUUCAAAGUUUUUUUUCCAAAACAAAAUGAAAAAAUUACAGGUUUAAUUUGGCCUCCGUUAUCAAUAACAGUAAAACACCCUUAUAGGGUUUUGUCAAUAGGUUUCGUUAAUAUCAUAUUUGGGUACACGUAAGUUGGAGAAAUGUUGAGACAAAGGCAGCAGAAGAUAAUUUUAAGCAUUAUUCGUAAUAUAUCUUCAAGUCCAAGGCUAUGCGCUAGCCAUUAUGAUGUACUCGGUGUUACUCCAAAAUCUACACAAAAUGAUAUUAAAUCAGCCUAUUACAAAUUAUCCAAGUUAUAUCACCCCGAUAUAUCAAGUACUGAAGCAUCUGCUAAGAAAUUUAGAGCUAUAACAGAGGCAUAUGAAGUGUUAGGAAAUAUUAAAUUAAAAAAAAUGUAUGACAAAGGUUUGCUAACCGGCAGAGAGAAUACCAGUAGAAUGGAUUACACUCCAGACGUUGAACCAGACGAUCCAACUGUCAAGUUUUAUAAAUCACAUUCUAAACGACAAGUAGCACCAACCAUGGAUGGGAAAACACCGAUCUAUGACUUUGACGCAUGGUCAAAACAACACUAUGGUGAUUUAUUGCAAAAGUCUGUCUACGAAAAAGAGUUUCUUAAGAAGAAAGCAGCAAAAGCCAGAGAGUUGCAGCACGGAAACCAACAAGAAACAUUAUUUUACACUUUAUUUGCGGUUGGUUGUCUAUUCCUGUUUCUUGUUGUCUAUGGUCAAGACGAUUACGACAGAGACCGAGUUGCAAAAAAUAAUACCGCGAAUAAAGAAACCGUAGACAAGUAAAGAUCUUGUCCGUUUAACUAAAUUUAGUGCAAUUGUUGUUAGAUAAUGUAUUUUUUUUAAAUAUUGAUCUAGUUCCAGUUGAUUUUGCUCUGAGCUACUAACUAUAACUUAGAAUAUAUGUAUAUAUUGUACAUAUCUAGGUAACUCAUAGCAAUGUUAAAUUAUU